AUAUUAAAAGAAAUCAGCUUGAAAAAGAAAGGAGGAACAAUAAUAUUUUUAUCUAAAAAUGUUAAUUUUUGUUGCAUAUGUUUUGCUUGUUUUCUGUUGUGACUUCACACGUGGAUGUAAGACUUCAGUUUGGCGAAAUAUGACAAUGGAGGAGUUGUUGCUAAAGUCGGAUAUUGUUGUUUACGGCCAAGAUCGUGAACAUAGAAAACUUCGCACACCACUAGAAGUUGAUUCCAGGUUUGAUGUUUACUGUGUGCUUAAAACUGGAUUAUAUCAAGUACCUGGGCAGGUUAUUAUUGAAAAUAUCAGAGGAGAGGGUGACGAAUGUUCCGGUGUCGAUGAGCAGACGAAAGAGGGAAACAUGUAUAUAGUUGGUCUAACACGAACGCUGAAUGGUUUCAUGAAAUAUGCAGACAUUAAUCCUUUACAAAAAACAGCAUUCCCUCCAACAAGUGAAAACUUUGAUAAAAUCAUCGCAACCUGCGGCCUCGACACAUGGACUCCACCUAGGACGGGAGCUAUAGAUGGAUGCCCAGUAGCUAGUAAACCAAGAUUCUGUACUAAAAUUAGAGACCCAACAAAGUUUAACACAGCUGUGGCUACCACUUAUUCUGUUCUUGUGUUAUCUGUAAUUUCUGUGUCAAUUUUUAUGAAAUUUGGAAUAAUCCAAGGCUGAUUUUUUGCUGUUACUGAUGCUUCUGUUUAAUUUAUUAUGUGA